UUUUAACUUUACUCACAACCAUUUAUAGUCUUUCAAUAAUAAUAGAUAAAUAAUAAAUUAAAAAAUUUCUGAAAGAUUUUGUAACAAAUAAAUUAUAAACAAUAUACAAAAGUAGAUUUAUUUAAAAAUGGAAGAAGUUGAAAAGAAAAUGCAAGCUGAAUUCGAAGCUUUCAAACAAAUUCAACAAGAGUAUCACAAGGCAUUGAUUAACCGUCAACAAUUAGAUGGACAAUUAAACGAAACAACCGCAGUAAAGGAUGAAUUAUAUUUAUUAAAACCUGGAAAUGAAGUUUACAAGUUAAUCGGUCCAGUAUUAAUGAAACAAGAUUUAGAAGAGGCUAAACAAAAUGUCAACAAGCGUAUCGAGUUUAUCACCAAUGAACUGAAAAGGGUUGAUAAUCUAAUCAACGAUUUAGAUACUAAACAAGAAAAGCACCGAGAAAAAUUAGAUAAACUACAACAAUCAGCUCGAAUGGCAGCAUAAAGAUAGUUGAUAAAGACUCGACACUUUUUGGAAAAUGCUAUUAAUUUUUUUAUUGUUCAUUUCUUUUAAUAACCCAGAUAAGUAAAGUUAAGCUUUAUUAAAAAAAAAUCUAAAAAUUAUUAGC